GUGAAAGCAAAACAUUGCAUCAUGCUGGGACUGUACCCAGCUGCUGGAUUCAUGGAGAUGUGCAGUGCCUCUUCCUAAUUAUGGUGUGUCCCGGGUCAAUUAUAUUUAAACACAGAGUCCAACCAUGUCAUUAAACUUUUUUGGCUAAUGACAAGUCAGAAAUCCAGCGAAGCAUCAUCCCAGAAUGCUCUCUGCUCUGGGGAGUUGCUGAGUGUGUUCCAGUAAAGCUGGCAGUGUGAGAUUCUCUUGUGCAAUCUGUCUGCCAGGAAUAUCCCCUUAGUUCAGCACUUUGGGAGCUGAUGCCUCGUUGCUGGUGUGUGUUCCUGGCCGUGGAGGGCUCGCCUUACUGAGCACACCGGUGGAGUGGUUUGCUGAAUGUUGACAAAUGUCUCGGCACUAGUCUGUUCCAUGUUUAUCCAGCUCUUUCUUUGGGUUUUCCCUUCGUAUAACCAGUGUUUGAGUUACACGGCUUCUGGCAGCUGCCUCAGGAAUGAGAGGUGAACACAUCUUUCUAGAGACUGGCGAUGGGCUGGGUCAGGCAGAGUGCACUUUGUUGGCUUCUUGUUCCUUGAUAGUUUCAAGCAGUUUAAAGGUUACAUGAAGUGGCUUUCUCCACCUGCUAUUCAGUGGAAGGAUGGGAAUCCUUCCCCAUCCCCAUCAGGAAUUACAAUUCUGACUUGAUUCUCUGCAAGGAACAGACUGUACCAGGCAGGCAAGAAAUGUCAGUGCUGUUUUCCAUUCUCUACUGGCUGGAUUGCAAGCCAUUUGUGCCCAGACAUUCUGGAGGUGUUCUGCCAUGAUGUGACUCUGCUUCCCUUUUUGCUAAGGGAGAUCCAUAGGAAACUGCUUUUCCUAUGGACACUUGAGGGGGGGGAAGAAGGAAUUGGAAGCUAAAGAGGGGAUAUUGUGGAAUUGAGCAAGCCAAGGUGCUCGAUGACCCUGGUAUAGCAAGCUUGGAUUUGUCUGGACACUUCGCCUCAACUGGCUGCUGCAGCAAUUGGAGAGCAGAAAUUGCAUCUUCUGUCUGUGUUGUUGGAUUUGGAAAGGGUUUUUCCACAGCUUUUGUUAUGUUUAAGGGUGGUUGUUGUUCCCGGAUUAGACUUGAAUAGAAAACAUAAGGCUGCUGCCAGCUUUCUGUCACAGGCACCUUUUAUCUUGCAUUCAUCUCUUCCAAGCAGAUGCUGCUUUCAUUUCUCCUACUUUUUUGCUACAAGACUGAUUAACAGCCCUUUGAUGCAGGGGAAGAAACUGUAUUUCAAAGCAAAGUACCUCCUUAACUUUGAUAAUAAAACUGUUGUUUUUAUCUAGAAGGCAAUCCUCUGUUCCUUUGAAACAAACCUGAGGGUUGGGAGCUCCUGAACCUCCAAGUGAAUGUGCAGAUCAUUAGCUGGCAGCUCAGUGACUGUGCUGUUUGGGUGGGAGGUGUAGGUGAAGCUGAGCUGCUCGUGGUGAGGAUGUACCUGGGGAAGAGGGUGACAGACACUGGUGCACAGCAUUUCUGCAGAUGUUUCCCUCCCAGCUGGUUACGAGCUGCAGUGUGUGGCUGAUGGUGUCAAAAGAGCCAAGCACACAGCUCAAGGUGGGGCUCAGCAGGAGGAAGGAGCUGAGGGGAACAGGAGUCUGCAGACACUGCUUUGUGGUGGUGAAGCAAUCUGUAUCCUCUAGCCAGGCAGAACUGUUUUUCCCAAUCCACCCUGCCCUCCCAAGCCUUCCUGCCUUCAAAGACUUGUGCUGAGCGUGAGGUUCGUGUCAGCAUCCAGCUUUUGGCUUUCAUCUUUUCCACUUUAAAAGAUAAGCCCUGUUCCUGUAAGGUGUAAUAAUUCCAAAAGGGUGGUGGGAGGAUUGUUUCCAAGGGGGAUGUUGAAGCCUGCCUGUCCUCAUGGGGAGGACAACUGGUGGAUAAGACUGAGCCACAGCAUUGCUCAUGUGGCAGGUGACUUUGAGGAAUGAAACAUUCCUAAACUUGGGCUUGGCUGGUGGUCAGGGCAUGGAAGAGAUGUUGUUGUCAUCAUUUGGCACAUUACAAGAACUAUCUUAAUGCAGCAGAGGAAUGUUUGAUGUGCAGAUCACGGGUCCAAGAUCUCAUUUGAGAGUAGGGGCUAAGGGAAAUACCUACUGAAACUACCAGACUUCCUGAGGGAGACCAUGGAAGGCUGCUUUGCACACACGCAGGUGCUGGAGGCACUGAAGAGUCUGACAGGCUUGCAGGUUAGGAAACCUCAACUUGAUUUCAAGAACCUGUCACAAUUGUGUGAUGAGCUCCUGCUUUGGAUGCAUGUACAGGGGUGUUGACUUUUGAAAACAUCCUUUUAAGUGAACAGAAUGGUUUCCUAAACAGUGUAAAAAAAAAAAAAAAUCACUUCCUCAGUGACUCAGCUGUCUCCUCUUGUGAGGUUUUUGUCCUCUGUGGUGACACCCUCAGUCUCCACAGACCUCAGGACAGGAAAGACCUGAAUCUGUAGCUUAAGCUGUGAAACAUCUACUGGGUCUUCAUACACAGGGAUGUAACUUCGGUCCUGUUUUUUCAACACUUAAGAAGCCCAGGAUGAAGAGAUCUGGGUCAAUAUUGUGGAGGAGUGUUGAGUUUUUCCAUGUGGCAAGGUAAGACAAAAGGGCACGUGAACUGGAUCUGUUUGUGUUGCUUAGAGUAAAUCACUGUGCAGGAUGAAGGCACUAACAGCUGAUACAAAGGCACUGAACUGCAUUCCCUUGUCUAGGAUUUAUUUGACCUGAGCAUUAACACAAAACUCAACCCGAAACUGGCAGAUUAAGAAACUGGAAUGACUUGAACAGGGAAGAAGAUGUGUAAACCGUAAGUAUAAGGAGGAGUCUUGUCACCACGGAGCUUGCCAAGCUUUGGAACAGGUUGCCCGGAGGUUGUACAGUCUGUUUUUGAAGGUUGGCAAGAGUAAACUGGUGAGCUAGAAAACAAAAUUUGCUUCUGUUGUUCUUCCCAAGCCAUCCUGCCCAAGGCCUUAGCAGCCAUGUCCACCUAAUGUCCACCUUCCCGACUCACUACUUGAUGUUCAGUAAGACAAGGUAUAAAACUACAGUUACUGCACUGCAGUGCUUCUGGGCUUGGCACUUAGUUUGUCUGUAGGAUGUCAGCCCCUCUUUAAAGAGAGACAUGACUAUUGUGAUAGGUGUCAGGAGCACAAUGAGCUUUAUCUCUUGACCUGGUGGUGAAAGGGUGGAGGGAAAUGUACUGUACAGGCUGAGGCAGCUGCUGGUGACCAGGGGCUGCACACCCAGUGUUUGAGCUGGUACAAGGAUAGAGCUUGAGGGGAAAGUUGUGCUUGUUACACUGCAUCCUUCCCUGCCUUUUUUUCUGCUUUAAACUCUGCGUGGAUUGGGUUGUGCUAUAGCACUGGUUUUGUGUAGGAAAACAGUAGCUAUGCAGAGUUCUUUAGCUGCAUUCAGCCCCAGGGUUAUGGAAUGAAUCUUCUUAAGUCUCGUGAUUGGAUUGUCGUAGUGUCUGAUCAGGUGGAAAAGACUCAGUCAGGAAGCUCAUUAGCUCCUGCCUGAGGGACUUGCUUGUUUCCUCCCUGAAAAAUAGCAGCAGGCAUGCCUGGCUGGAUGGGAAACUCUCUGCAUCCAUCCUCCUGUCUGUGGUGGGAUUGCUGGGACAGGAGAGGUCAACACAGUGACUAAACACAGACUGUAAGAGGGAGGAUGAAAGGGAUGUACUUGGCUGGAGCGCGAUUGUUGAAUGUGAGGAGGAGGAUGCCAGCUGAGUUGCUGGGGAUGCAAGUGUAAAUAAACUGUAAAACUGGAGGAGAAAGAAAAUGUAACUUUUGCUUCCUUAAAUGUCAGGGACAAGGCAGGUUUCUGUGAGGAGGAACUGAACAGUGUUCUGCUGGGGGUUGGAGUUUCCUCCUUGGGAGCAGGCAGUUUGUGGGCAUCCUCCGUGGGCCUGUUGUUCACCUUGCCCUUUUGCUCUCCCUGUGAUGCAAGGAUGAGAAGUGUGCAGCACUCUGAUCUUCUGCUCUACAAAGUGUCUUCUCCUGCCCUCUGUGGUAGGCUGGUGGUGGUGUUGCUGCCCAUCUCCACGGGGGAAAUGCAGACCCAGGGCAGUGGUGUGCUGAAGCUUGCCAAGCUGAGUGGCAGUGAAGCAGGGAGGGAGCACAACUUCACUUCUGCACCACGAGGCCCGGAUUUUGGUGAAUGUGCUGCCCUGUCCUCUGAGUCAGAACAGCAUCCAGUCUGUGGUCCUGUAAUGCUCUGCUUGGAGGGAGCAGAGACACUAUUGCAGUCGGGCCAGGAAUUAUCUGUUUCUAGUACACGGCCCAGAUUUCAAUUACCCUUUUUCCGUAGUGAUGAGCAGCACCAGACACUUGCACAACUUCCCCUCUGGCAGAGAUGUAUUUGAUGUAGAUACAUGUGCUGAAGCUUCAGACACAAUAAACGUAUUUGAGGGUAACAGGCUGAGUAAUCUGGUGCUUGGCAGCUGCUCUGUUGUGGGGAUUUUUGCUUUACUGUUAGUAGUGCUUGUGACAUCUUUAAAUGAAAAGAGGAAGGAGACAGGAGCUGAGCAACCUUAAUAUUAAAAUAGCUCCAACUACAAGUGGUUUUCCUGACAGAAGGAAUCCUGCUGAAUUCAGUCUGUCUCCUGACAGAGUAUUCUGUAUUGCUCUGAGGAACAGGGAUUGAAAUCCUCACAAUCUGCUGCGUGCUUUAUAUUUUCAAGGCAUCUAUUUGCAGGUCUAUAAUACCCACAUCAGUGAUUUGAAUACAGUAAGGGCUCAGUUUAUGUUCUCAUGCAGGUAUUAGUACUUGGUGUGUACUAGGUGACUUCAUUCAGCUCUUGCUGGGCUCUCUGUGUUCAUGGAGGUGUUGUGUUUGCCUCAUUCUGCCCACUGAAAGGAGCAGAACAGCUAUCCUAGAAAAAAAACUAGGACUACUAAACUAGCACUUCCAGCAGUUGGGAUGCCAUGGUUUUACUCUUCAGCCUCUGACAAACCCAACCAUGUUGCUUCCCCCAUUUCUUCAAACACAAAGCCUAUGAGAAAGGCCUUCUGCAGAUUUGCUUCUAGGCACAGGACAGCUGAAAUGGAGGCUGACCUGCCACGAGGUGGGAGAAAACAGCACAGGAGGCAGCUGGAAAGUCUCUUUGUUCUGCCCUGCUGUCACCUAGGAAGGAGACAGAAGGGGAGUUUUGGUAGGUGACUGCUGAGAACAUGGAUUUCUUUUAAUGCAGCUGCUGCCAGUGUGAAACCACAGUGAUUCAUGAACUGUUUUUAGGGGAAAGCAGUGCUUUGUUACCAAAACCUUUGUCCUGAUGGCUUGUGGUGUUGGCUGAUCUCACAGUUGUAGCCAAAAAAGUGCUUUUGAUACCAGAGUGGAAACUCUGGGCAGAGGCAGAAACAUCAAGCUUCAUUCCUUCCACCCACUGCUCCCCCUCCCAUCUCCUGAUUAUCAGACAAAACUAAUGAAUCCAGAGAUGAGGGGUGGACAGUGGGCAGUGUAGGCUGCAAAUUAAUAAGUAGGGAAAUAAUGAAAAGCAGGGAGUUCUUGUGCAAGAGGGUGGCUUGUUAUGGAUUAUGUGGAGUUCUUUAAUGCAAAUAGUUCUGAACAUAAACACUUACUAUUUAAAAUUUAUGGUGGCUUAAUUGCAGAGGAAAUGCCUUUCUAAAUGCAGCCUAUCAAAUGGCUCCAGUGCUGGAGGGAAGAAGGGAAAAACCUUAGGCAAGCAUGGCAACUUGGCCAGGUCUUUUGAGUGCUGCUUGGUUAUUAGACUGGGGGGGUUCUUAUUUGUAAUGUGCCAAGCAGAGAUUUCAGCCUUAUGGGGUUGUGAGGCUUCCUCUGGAAGCAAUGCUUGUUUACAUGCAAAGUCUUGAUAAAAUAUGGAAAAAUCAGGUGAAGGUAGUUGGACAGGUACAAAGGUGUAAGAAAGGUGAGCCUCUGGACACGUGGAAAAAAGGUUGCACGUGACCUUCCUCUUUGCUACUUAAGUGACUUAUUUCCUGUGGCACUCAGUCUGCAGGCAGAUCAUAGAGGCAUCUCUUGAGUGCAUGUAGCAAAAUAGGAACUGUGAAAAAGCUGUGCCUUUUGCAGGUGACCUUUGCAGUUGGUGUAUCUGUGCUGGCCUAGCUUUUUUUUCCUCCUUGGAAUAAGCUCCCCCAAGACACCAGGGCUCUUUCUUCUGAUGGCAAAGACUGCACUGAAGCAACCUGGGAGCAGCCUUUCAUAGUUGUAUCAAAUAGUCUUCAUUUCAGUACAAAACAAGCUGCAUUCCCAAAAAAUGGGUUCUUGACAGAAGCAAUGAAGAAAAGCAUCACCUGUCUGAUGGAUCUAGCAUGGAAAUGGUACCAGGAGCUAAAAAAAAAUGCCUCUGCCAAAUGUGACCAGUGAGAGGAGAACCUGGUCUGAGGGAAGUACAUCUUACCUGGUCUGGAAGAUGUUUGAUCUGGUGCUGCUGUGUUCCCUAAAUGGGUGUGUGCUGCAGCCUGCAGAGAACCUGCCACGCUGGUGGAACAUGUAGCUGGAGUGUUAGAGCCUCAAAGCUGCCCAAACCAGUGCCUCAGCUGUAAACAGCUUGUCCUCCAGAAUGGCUGUGCUGUGAUGGUGUGCUCAGCUCUUUGAGUGGGGAUAGGGCUCUACAUAAGGGCACAGGAAUGGCAACAACUUACUAGUUUUUCUCCAGGCUCUGCAGUGGCUGCAUUGCUGUGUGCCCCUGCUGUCACAUCUCCCUGUACCUUCCCCCAGGAAGGGAACAGUGUGGAUCUUUGUCUUCCUGUAACACCACGUACAGGUGUUGUCUCAGCUCAGACCUAACUGCCAAACCACAGCUGUUCUGCUCUUUCCUCCAAAAGAAUCUAUCUGGGGUUCAGAUCUGUGGCACAAAGCUGAACCUGACACAUCUGAUGAGCAGCAGCAGCAGCAGCGUGUCCCCACUGUAACCUGUCCACAGCUUUGGCACUGGAAACAAGGGAUGUCUGCAAUUCAUUGUAUGGCUGAUAACUUGGGAGCCCAAGUCAGUGGUUACCCUGUGAGGUGACUUGACUGACACCAGAGUAUGUGACAAUCAGCCUUGUGGCACCAAGUGUGAUUUGGAUGCUGAAUUCUACCUGGAACCCAAGUUCAUCAAGUCAACCUUCUAGGUAACAGCUGCCUGUAAACACUUGCUGGAAUACAGAGUUUAAAGUUGCUUCUGGAAAACAGCACUUCACCAGUUGGCUACAAGCAGAUAUUCUAGACCAGCAGGAAGUUGGAGAGGAGCAAAGGGGAGAGGUGUAGGGAAGGUCAGUGCUGCAGCUGCAGAUGUGGGACAUGGGAAGGGACUCUGGCUAAACUUCUCAGUGCUUCGCUGAGAUGCAGAGCUGUCAGUUCAAUGUGGGAUGAUGAACUCAGGGCCCUAUCCUGCCCGAUGGAGGAAAAGCUUUAGUUGCUGGAUUUGUGGCCAGUUCAUCAGCUCCUACUCGCUGUGAGUACUUUACCAUGGCUUCUCUCAGGCCAUGGCCAAUUUAGCAGCCCUUCUUGUGCUGUGUAAUGCUGCUGCUCACUCUGCAGUGCAGGUGUUUGUGUGCCUGCAUGGAAGGGUUCUGCAGUGUUAAGAAUGUGUGUUCAGGGUAAAUUUCUGUUGUACAACUGCAGCAAAUUGCUUAAUUCCUUUUAACAUCUGUGUGUGUUCCACUACCAGUAAAUGAACCGUUUCUGGCCAGUCUUAUUGUCUUGACUUGCUUUGUAAAGGCCACAGACCAUGAGUAAGUGUGGAAAGGAAGUGGACACACCAGACAGGAUAAGAAGCAACUGUGCUGUUGGUAAUGCAGAGGUCUGGACUCAGCAGUAGUAAUUGUUUAACCUGCAUAGCUUCCUAGUGCUGCUGUCCUCAGAAUACCCAGGACAAAGCGUCCCCAAGGUAGUUUUGGAAAAGGUACAAAAGAACUGCUUUAGAGUACUGGUCUAAGUGGGUUGACCAUGGGGAGCUGAACUAACAGUGCUUCGUGCCAAGAACUUAAUGGCUGCAGGCAAAAGGCUGCAAUCUGCCUCUGAGAAGCUAUUUUAAAGAGUCUUGAUUUGUGCCUGGUCUCUAGCAUGCAGCUGACAUUCAUAAGCUGCCUUACACAGAGCUAUAAGGAGCCUAAUGACCUUUACACAUCCCCUGAGCUUCCUCUGUGAGGAAAACCAGCCUGAGUUGGCUUUUUUCAUUGGAGGGAGUACCUUAGUUUCUCUGAACCAAAAUUGCCAUUUAUAAUUAUCCUUCAAUAGGAGAGAAGAUCUCAGGCAGGAACUCGUGGAACUCCUCUGAGUUGCUUCCAUCAUUACAAGUACUUUGAAAAGUAACCUCUCCUGUUGUUUAGUGGUAUUUUCUGCUAGAUUAUGCAGCACUGCAGUUAGCAGGAACUGCCUGGGUAGGUGGACAGGUGGAAAUUUGCUUAAGUUGGUUUUUAGUAAGUGGCUUAGUUGAGGAUGGGUCAUGGUUGUUACUUCAGGUUUUAGUUUACUCAGAUGUGCUCCUCUGAGUAACUUCAGUGCUUUGUUUUGGAGAACCAGACACUAGAGAAAUGGUGUAAAAGGGCACAUUGCUUUCGUCACACUGCCUUCAGCACAGCAAAAAUAGCUAGAGAACUUCAGCAGAAACUGUCUGAAUCAUCCCAAGGAGAGGAAGGAUGGAGAGCUGGGUUCACACAGACAAGCUGAUUCUUAGUGGUUACAAGUCCUAGCAGUGCUCUAUGAUGACAUGCUCUUGGCUUCCUUGGGCAGAAGCCUUUUCUAGUGUGUCUGGGGGUGGGCAUGCUUGUACUGGCUGCCUCAUGUAUGGGAGAGCAGAGCCCUUGGUGCCUGCUCAGUGGGUGAGUGAGGCUGUUUGCUCAGCAAGGUGGUUGCUAACUUUGUAGUCCAGGCAAGUCAAGCGUUGCCAAAUCAAAGAGACUUGUUCUCCCCAUCCGUGGCGUAUCUUGAGCACAGUAACUUGUCGGGCCUCUUACUCUGCUGCACCUUUGUGCUGUUUGCUGGGACAUGGGCCACCUUUCUUCACUCUUGCUUGCCCAACCUGCUGUGAGCUCAGUGACUGCAGUUUCACUUUUCUGUGGAGGCCGCACAGCCCUGCCAACACCUCAACCUGCUGAGCCCGACUGCUCCUGCUCCUCAGGAGGUGUGGCUGAGGAAGUUGCCCCUGUGGCAACCUUCUCCACGUGGGGCAGGGCAGCAGUGAGGCUGCCAAAGCCAGUGCUAUGCAACGAGGGCCGCCUGCCCAGUCCUGAUCUCAGCAAACUUGCAACACUCAGACGCGCUCUAAUCAUGUUGUUGGUGCAGUUGUUCCUGUCAUCUGUCCUGCAGCUGCUUGGGCUCUGCUAACACAGCACGGGAAAACUUCUUCAACAGCAUAGGUGAGCUUUUUUCCCCCAAGGUUUAAUCAGUGUUUAAUGGGGUGAGAAGGGUGUUAGAGGCUGGUGAAGUGAUUGCAUCAGUGCUGGACGGGGUGUCACAGCCUUCCUGGGACCAGGUUCUGCCCUGGGCAGAAAUACACAGUGCAAGAAGGCUGCUGUGUUUCUGAUGCCAAAAAUUAACAGCAAGCAGGGAAAAUCAAGUGUCCUGGUUGUUUGGGGGUAAAGUUUGAAUGCUGUUAGAGGCAUGUGAGUCUUCAUCCCUCUUCACGCUGGUUAAGAUGUGUUGUAGCAUUGCUGAUCCAUCUUGGCUUUUAACUUGGGGAUGCAGAAGGUCUGCACAGUCAAGGGGUCUGUUCUCAGCCCCACCAAGGGAGGAAGGGGAUAUAACUUUCUUUCUAAGGAAGGGUCUUUGUGGGCAGUUGCUGACAUACUAGUUGUGCACAUAUCUACCUUCUAGCAGGUUAGUCAGCAAACCAGGAGCAGUGUGGCUCCUUUGUCUGUUGGCUUGCAGGAUGAACAUUCAGCCCAAGAAAAUGAACCAGGUUUACUUCAUGCUUUUCUAGUAAAAUCAUGGGAACAUGAGCAAAACUGCAGUGGUAUUUUUGGUCUCAUUUGUUAGUACUGUCUGGGAUCCUUUAGUUCAACUUCUAAAGCUGUAAGCAAGUAAAUCACUAUGGCUAGAAUAUCUCUUCUUUCCUUCUUCUGAGGUGUGUUCCAGGCUGGAAAUCUUUAGGGUAGGGCUCUGAUUCAUUGUCUGUAGAGCACCCAGAGCCUGUUGGGUGUUAAAAGGUUUGGCCUUUUAUCUAUAGAAGUACACUUGAUAUCAUGUGGAGGAAAUGAAGCCACAGUAAACUGACUUGAAUAAAUAGACUUAAAGUAAGACUGGAUCAGGAAUCAAGGAGUUUAAGAUCCUUCAAGUGUUCUUGUUAUUGAUGCUCCAGACAGGUGUCCUGUAGGUGUUGCAGAGCAAAGAAGGACCCACGAGGAGCCUUGGGUUUUCUGAGCUGAAAACACCAACUCUGCUCUGUCAUAUACAAGAUUUUCCUCGAAGACUUGUGUUCUCCCUGUCUAACAGCAGGGACUUGCAUUGAGAUGUCUGUCUCCUGCCUUGAUCUGUUUUCAGCAAGCAGUUGUUUUGAAAUCUGGCAUAUCUUUCUUGUAUGGCAAACUGCCUGCUUGCUCUGAACACUGAAAUCGAGGGGAGGUCUAAUUCUCACUGGAAUAGCAGUGAAUGCUUUUCUCUGAGACACUCUUAUAAUUUCAUUCCAAAGCUUUUAAGCCCAGAAGGUUAACAAUAGAACUGAAAAAAAGCAUGGGGAGCAGAACUGAGCAUCAUGGGGAUGAGCUUGUGUUUGUGAAGCAGAGCAGAGUUGCAGCAAGCCUGAGCUGUUGAUAAGAGAGAUAAAAGCACUUUCAGUGUUUAGAUUUGUACUUAAACCUGUAGCAGUUCAAAGGUUUUGAAGCAGCCCAUUCCCUAGCAUAUCUUCUCAUUUAUGGCUGGCUGUGUCUCACAUCAAGCUGCCCAGGGCAUUAAUCCAUUAAUUUAAGAGGAUAAGAUCUUCUGUAUCUCUCCUGCUGCAGGAAAGUGCCUGUAUUGUCUUGUGCGUGAAGAGGCUUUUCCUUUUAAAAAAUGGGGGUGUAACUGUGCUUCCUGACUGCAGGGCAAGGUGCCACUCUGCAGUUCUAGACCAGGCUAGUGCCAGGAACAGCAGCGGAGCCAGCUGUGAGCCAGAGUUAUUGCCUUGCCCUAAUAAGGAGCCAUGUUGUGCUUAAAUCUUGGCAUAUGGUGCUCAGUGUCUGACCUGCUCUCACUCUAAUCAACCCCUUUGUUCCAAACCUUUUCCUUUCUUCCUCCUUUCCCUUUAUUCUGGCCAUUGUCUUUCAUCUGGUGUUAACAGUCUGCCUGGGAAAGAGUCGUAACUAAUGGAAGUGAUGAGUGGUGCUUGUGUGCAGAAAAGCUGCUUCCUCUGCAGAGCCAGGCAGGCAGUGAAGGGUGUCCUGUCCCCUGUGCUUCACAAGUCCCUGUUGUCUUUCACUGGGGUGAUUCCCUUUCUGGUGCAGCAGCCUCGAGAGAAAUAUGAUGAAGCUUAUGUUGGCAAAAGGCAAAAAGUCAUAAUGAACGAGGCAUUGUCUUGCUAAUGAAGAGCACAAUUGUGUUAUCUUCUCUUGAGUAUUUUGUGCUUCAAAGAGGUCUGCACCAGUGCUCCUGCAGUCUGGCAGUCUGCUUUGUUUUGGUUCUUGCUUCCUAUGCUGUGUUCUCACAUGUACUGCACAGGAAGUCUCUGCCUCUCCUCCUUCUGCCAAUGUUUUGUUCCUUUAUCCUAAUCAAAAUGCCAACAGCUGAAUUUGCCUAUGGACUUCCAUGUGUACUUUAGCCAGUCCCUUGUUGACAGCCUUUGCCCUUAUGCCACAGGCCUGGGGAAUGCCGGGUGGUUCACCCGGUGCUCUCUGUAGAACACCACAUGUUCUGUGUGGAACACCACACGUUCAGCAGCCUGAUGGGUUUGAUCCCAGCCUGAGCAAAUCACUUACACUGGAACGAUUGCUUUGGGUCAGCACUGAUGUGCCUUUCCCAGGGAAGCUCAGCUGAUGUCUGGUUUGGCUUGUUCUUGGCAUCCCUUGCUUUGAGCUUUUGCUGUUCCUUGGGCUUCCAGAGAGCAAGGCAGCCUGUGCCCUCUGGGGCUGGAAGUGCCUGUGAGUCAUGGAAACACAUGGGCCCAAGCACGAGCUGUGGGGCACAGCAACUAAAUCAUGUGGCAUCCAGGGACUGCCAUCCCUCCGCUGAUUUUGCUGUUUCUUGCUUAUCUUCAGCUGCUGACCAGCUGGCUCACACAGUUCAGGAUUUGUUUUGAUGUUGGGGAUGGUAUUUAUUUAAGUUGCAGGAUGUCUUGGUUAUCUUAGCAGCUGAUAACAUGAUUGGACCCUGUUUAAAUGGCAUCUUCUCUCUGUCAGUGCCAAACAUCUGAGGUUCCUGAACAGUUUGAAAUAGCUGUGCUUCAACCUGUGCUUUGGAGUGUGACUUUUAAAGAACCUCAGGCCUUUUCCUCUCCCAUCCUUGACAAAAAGGAGGGAAGGGAAAGUCUUGUCUCUUUUUACUUAGAAAUUAUGAGAUUUAGCUCACUGUUCCAAUGGCAUACCUCGGACUAGUGGUAAAAACCUGUAGGGAAGCUGCUGAAUUGAACAUACAUGAGCCUUCCCUGUCACCUUCUAGCUGAAGCCUUGCUGCUGGUGUCCAGUAAUCUUAUUUUUAAACCAGAUCUGAUUCAUGCUCUGUUUUCUAUGCCAGAUGAGGUUCUUGGUUGUGAGUAAGUGUUGUGACUGUAGCUGGCAGGAGUGCUGCAUGAUUGCCUCACUUCAGGAAAUGUUAAAAUAACACUUUUUUUUCUUAGAAAGCUCAUUUGCUCCCCUCCCACUUCUAAUUCUCCUAAUAGCUGCCCCCAGUUUGGCAGCUGUCUUACAGAGGGUUGUUUGUGUUGCUGAGUGAGAGCAGAGACAGUUCAGUGGAUGCAGUGCUGGAGGAGAGGUACACAAAGUGAGCUAGUAUCUUUAGCCAAGCUGGCUUAAACGUUUUAGAGGUUUCUCUGAAAUCUGGAAGGAAAACUGCUAAACUGUGAGAAGAAUCUUGCUCCUCCCCCUGGACUCUGCGACUGAAGUGGGGGAUUUUUUUCCUCUUGGAGAAGAGAAGCUGCCCCAACCGAAGCUGCUCAUUUGAGACAAACCAUCCAGCAGGUUUAUCUGCUCCCUGGCUGCAGGAACUCGGUGGGGCCAAGAGUGCCAGGAGCUGCUGGAAUGAGUGUCCCCCAGGGACGGACCCUGCAGGUUUUGUCUGCUGUGUUGGAUUUGCAGUCAGGCCUCCAAGGUACUCAGCAAAGCUUCAGUGGGGUUGAAGAGAGUUCUCUCCUCAAACCUGUAUCGAUGGCUGCUGUGUGCUCUGCCAGGCUAUCCGUGGGACCCUUCCUUGCUGGUGGAAAGGCAGGACAAGUUGUUGGGAUAAACAGAUGAAUGCUGUGCUCUGUAAAUGUGGCAUACAAGGCUGUGUGUGCUAAUGUUUAACUUGUCUCUUGUUUUUCUUUCCAUCCAUUAGGCAAUACUGAGUGGUGCACAUCUCGACAAAGUCUCCUAGCAACCUUUCCUGCGGGGCUGAAUGACAGCAGAAGCUGCCAGGUGAACCCAUGAGCCUGUAAGGAGGCGAAACCGGGACACACCAUGGGUCAGAAGGUCACAGGUGGGAUAAAGACUGUGGAUAUGAGGGACCCUGUGUACAGGCCGUUGAAACAGGAGCUCCAAGGACUUGACUACAGCAAACCCACACGGCUGGACUUGCUGCUGGACAUGCCUCCCGUGUCCUACGAAGUGCAGUUGUUGCACUCGUGGAACAACGACGAUCGCUCGCUGAACGUGUUCGUGAAGGAGGACGACAAACUCAUAUUUCACCGGCAUCCGGUGGCCCAGAGCACAGACGCCAUCAGGGGCAAGGUGGGGUACACCCGGGGGCUGCACGUGUGGCAGAUCACGUGGGCCAUGCGGCAGCGGGGCACCCACGCCGUGGUCGGGGUGGCCACGGCAGAUGCCCCCCUGCACUCGGUGGGGUACACGACCCUGGUGGGGAACAACCACGAGUCGUGGGGCUGGGACCUCGGCCGCAACAGACUCUACCACGACGGCAAGAACCAGCCCAGCAAAACCUACCCUGCCUUCCUGGAACCAGAUGAGACUUUCAUUGUGCCCGACUCCUUCCUGGUGGUCCUGGACAUGGAUGAUGGGACACUGAGCUUCAUUGUGGACGGGCAGUACAUGGGGGUUGCGUUCCGAGGACUCAAAGGGAAGAAGCUCUACCCGGUGGUGAGCGCGGUGUGGGGACACUGUGAGAUACGGAUGUGCUACUUGAAUGGACUCGACCCUGAACCACUGCCUUUGAUGGACUUGUGUCGGCGAGCUGUGAGGCUGGCUCUGGGCAAGGAGAGACUGACUGAGAUCCCCACACUGCCCCUGCCAGCCUCCCUCAAGAGUUACCUGCUCUACCAAUGACCUUCGUGUCCGAGGACAGAGAGCUGGAACCAAGGCAACACUCGGAGCUGACCCACUGAGCAACGGGCUCUCCACCCUCGUGUCAUCGCUACUGUUGGGACUCCUUGGCCAAAGUAUUCCUGCCACUGCUUAAGCCUCCAUGUGCCCUUAUUGGCAAGCUCCCAAGUAAUCCUUGUUUCACAACUGAGCAUUUUGUUCUCUGAAAGUCACUUCCCCAGCACAAUUACAAGAAGGGACACUCACAGAAGCUUUGUGCUUCCCUGCUUCUCCUGAGAAAAGCUGUGCUUUGUCCUUUGGGCACAAGGGCUUGGGAGUGAAUGAUUUGUCUGUACCAGCUAAAGGGAAGAACAUAAUUUGGGGAAAGGGAAGGCAUUAGGGAAGGUUAAGACUGGGUCCUAAGAAUGGAGAGGCACAAGAUGUCCAGCAGAGUUGGAAAGAGUCCGGAAUACCAAGAGGAAUUAAUUGCUGAGUUUUUAAAAACCAAAAAAAAAAUUAAAAAAAAGUACAACCCCAAGCCCUGAAACACCAAAAUUAAAACCCUUCCACCAGGACACUUGUUAAUUUGGAGAAGGAGCUUGUGUUGCUGAUGUCUGUAUCUCUGCUGGAACUUCUCACCAUGUUCUAGUGCUGUUUCACAGAUCACAAAUCCCAUGUUCUUGUUUACCACUGUUGCUUUCUCCUGCUCCAUUCUCUACUCUGCCUCUUCUUAGAGGGUUUGACUCAGUUGAUUGAGCAGUCAGGUGUCUUCACCUGCCUUCUUCCUGACUUAAAACUGCAGGUUUUAGUCUGGGAUCAGGGGGUCCUUGCUGAUGUGGGGACAGGGAAGGGACAAACUUCUGCAGCAGGGUGCAGAAGAUGGAGACCAGCUUUAUGAGCUGAGAGCUGUUACUCAGCUACAGGCCCUGUCACCUUGGGUCUGUUUUCUAACCUGUUCCAUGGUGAGGCUUUAGAGGAACAUACUGAUGUGUUUCUCUAAUGGCUCUGCCAGGGAAUUUCCUUCUUGGACAAGCUGCUUAUAUUCAUCCAAACCAGGCUUCUUUCUGUCAUAGACCAUUGGCAUAAUCUCCACUUAACUAUGCAGCAGGAAUAGUUCUCCCUGUUUCUUGCUUGAGGGGGAGGAAGUUGUCCCAGAGAAGGUGGUACCGGUGUGGGCUGCAGAAGUACCAUCAGCAGAUGAGAAAUCCAGGAGGUGAUUGCUGCAGAAUGUCACCUGUGAGACCUUGACAGAGGCCGGGGGGGUGAUCUUCAGGCACAGCAAGAAGAAACUAAACCUCUCCAGAGCUGGGGGGCAGGAGAGAACUGCAAUAAACAGGACAAGCAAUUCAGGCAAAAUCAGCACAUCCCAAAUAGAUUCUCACCUCAGUAGCCGAGUAAAGAGGAUGACACUCCUUUACUAGCAGGAGCUGCUCUCUUGACCUCUCCACAGGUUACUAUGCUGCCUUUCUGGGGUUAUUUUGCACAUUUCUUUGUCUUGAAAAAUGUUUGUGUGGUUGGUUUUUUUGCUCUUGAGUUAUUCCUUCAGUUCUGUGUAGGUACAAAUGAGUUUAGUUGUUGAAAAUGUUAAUAUAUAUAUUUGUGGUGUAUGUAUAAGAACAUGUUUUAAACAGCUGCUGUAGGGUACCUUUUUUAAAAUAAACUACUUGCAUAGUAUAUUUUUUAAAGCACAGAAUUGGUGCCAAGACUGGGUGGGGUGUGAUGUGCCCCUUUUUUAUUCUAAUAUUAUAUGAUUUUGUUUUUUCAGCGUAGGGGUUUGUACUAGUUUCUGUUGCAGGGUGGGACACAAGAAAAUUCAGUGUGUGUGGAGCCCUACUUGGUUGCCUUCAACUUGAACCAGUGUCUUCCAGAACUCCAGGGAAGUAGCUGUGUUCUCCCUACUUCUAAUGCUCUUUGUGCUCCCACGUUUCCCUCUCUUCUCACUUCACCAGGACAUUACUUUGUACAGUUUUAAAUCCUGACUAUUUUAUGACUGUAGAUAAUACUCAGUAACCUAAUAAACUUUAUUAAAUAUUG